AUGGAAUCAGCAGUUAAAUUAUUAAAAUUUGGAAAUUUAGAGAUAUCUGCAAAAGAAAUGAUAACAAGAGAAAUGCCAUUUGAAGACUGUCAAUUUAAUAAUGUAAUUUUGAAUGCAACAAAUUAUGAUUUGUCUUCUUCUAUCUUUAAAGAUAUGUCUUCAAUAAAGAAUAUUAAAAUUACUGGAGAUCUUAAAGUCAUUCCAGAAUAUGCAUUCUAUCGAACAUCAAUCACUCGAAUUGACAUUAAAGGAACGAACAUAAUAGGUAUUAAUGCAUUUUCACAAAAUCCUAAUUUGAAAAUUGUUAACAUUGAAGGUGAAAUUUCAUUAAUUCAAGAGUCAUUUUUACAAUGCACAGCUUUGCAAUCAAUCAGCUUUACUGGUAAAAACACUGUAAUUGAUAUAAAUUCAUUCAAUGGCUGUACAGAAUUAGAAAAUGUAACUAUUUCGAACAUCAAAGAAAUUGGUUCAAGUGCAUUUUCUGGAUGCACCAAAUUGCGAUUAAUCAAUGACAUCUCAAAUUGUGAGAGAAUUGGAGAUAAAUCAUUUGAAAUGUGCCAAUCAUUGGUAAUUUUUUCAAUACCUAGAAAAGUGAAGGAAAUUGAAGAAAAUGCUUUUAUCAGUGUAAUAAUUUAG